GCAGCAACUCAAAACGCCCUAAGAUCCAGAGCAUAAACGGUGGUUUUUCAAUGCUCAAGAGUGUUGUGCCCUUGAUUGCUAAAGAUCGAAAACCAAGCAAAGUUCACGUGCUCAGAGCUGCUUCAGAAUACAUUCGCCUGCUACAUAUCAUUUUGGAGGAGUCCGGAGGUACUGAAAUUGCAGACAAUAACAAUAAUUCACUACUUCCUAACUUGGGGGAGUCACAGUUGUUGGUGAACAAUGUACCAUCAGGAAGCAACCUUGCUAUGCAUCUGCCCCACCAACAAGAGGACCAGGUGGGAAGUCACCUCCAGCCCUUGGUUUAUGAAGAUGCACACGAUGUUUGGGAUAAUGGUGUCAUGCCCUUUCUUGGAAUUGUCCAACUACAUGAUGACAGCUUGAUAUUCCAAGCAAAUGAAGGAUCUGGUUCUAAUGUAGCAAUCCGAUUAAGUCUGGACUAGCACAAGAUCCUAAAACAACUGAUAUGAAUGGUGGAAAAUAUUUGGAUUAAAUGUAUAAAUUGCAAGUGACUGAACUGUAAAUGUUAGUUGUGCAACAUUAAAAUAAAUAAUUCAUUCAUUU